AUGAGAGAUAUCGGGCGCCCCACGCGGCCCAUGCAGCAGCCGUUCGGAGGGCAGCGGCCCCUUCAACGUUAUGUAGUGUCCACUUACCCAACCACCAUAUUGCACACAUCUCUAUGGGACAGCGCCUUCUCGGAAACCAUACGAGAAAUGGUGUCACGCUGGGUGCGCAAGGAGUGGCAGGGUCGCGCCUACUUCUCCUUCAUGGGCCACCCGCACUCCCUGAAGAUCAUCAACCUUCGCCACGAAGACAAAGGUACCUACGUCUGCUCGGUGACCUUCCGUGAUGGAACAACCAGAAAUGCCACUGUCUACCUGCAGGUCAUCGUGCCUCCGGAGCCACCUGUGAUCAUGGACACGCAGGGAAACGUUCUCACUGGAAAAAUUGGCCCUUUCAACGAAAGCAGCCGACUGAGUCUCAUCUGCGAGGUCAGAGGCGGCAAACCGGCGCCAACGUUGACAUGGCGGCGCAACGGGGAGCCCGUCUAUGCCAACGCCAUGGCGACGGCUUCGGGUGACGUGCGCCGCUCGACGUUGACGAUGCACAACCUGCGCCGCCAGGACUUGAUGGCGGUCUACUCGUGCGUGUCCUCCAAUAACGUCUCCAUCCAGGGGGAAGCCACCAUCACGCUUGACAUGAACCUGUCACCGACGGUGGUGCAGAUACGGCGCACGGAAACGCCCAUUUCUGCUGGUCUUCCGGCCGAGAUCCUCUGUGAGGUGUGGGGAUCUCGGCCACCUCCGGACAUCAGCUGGUGGAAAAACAGCGCUCAGCUUGAGCAGGCCUUCAUGCACGUCUCGCAGGAUGGCAACCUUACGACGAGCGUGGUUGAGUUCACGCCCACGCACAGUGACAAUGGCGAGACGCUUGUGUGCCGCGCCGAGAACAAGAGGAUGCCUGGAUCAGUGAGGGAAGACCAGUGGGAUCUCAACGUGCACUACCGUCCCAAGCUGCGACUCCAGAUGGACCCGAAUCUCGGUCCCGAUCGACUGCAGGAAGGCAUGGACAUAAACCUUGGCUGUAGCGUGGAUGCCAACCCGGGAAUAAGGGAGCUUCUCUGGCAACGAGAUGGCCGACCUAUCGCACCAGCCAGGGAUGGCGUCACAGUGCAUCGCGAGGCUCUGAGCAUACAGAAAGCGACGCUCAUGCAUGUUGGCAACUAUACCUGCUCGGCUUCCAACCGGGAGGGCAGGGGCCUCAGCAACGUCAUACAGCUGCGACUGAAGCAUGCUCCAGUUUGCAAGUCAGGACAGCGGAUGGUGUACGCGACGCGGCUAUCGAAGACGCUGCAAGUGUCAUGUGACGUGCAGGCACAGCCACCAUCUGUAACCUUCCGCUGGCGAUUCAACAAUUCGAUGCACCAGAGUUCCAGAUUAGACACAUACAGCUGGGAGGGCACACGAAGCCUGGCCCGCUACGUUGUUCGUUCGCACCAAGACUAUGGCACACUGCUCUGUUGGGCACGGAACCAAAUAGGUGACCAGAGGCAACCCUGCGUGUUUGUCGUCGUGGCCGCAGGUUCAGAGUUUCUAGUCUCCAAUGAAGGUCUCAUAGCUAUGCUCAUCUGCCUGCUCUUCGUACUCAUUAUAUUAGUCGUCUUUAUAUAUUUUCUAAUAAAAUGGAGGAGACGGAAACUAAGCAAAGACGACUCAGAACAAGAAAAUUUCCUCUAUUCACACAUAAAUUCCUAUUCAUCUUUAUCUAAAAUCGUCCUUCGAUCACUAAAACGAAAGCAAAGGUUGAGAACUGAUUCACAAGCAAGCUGUGGUGCCAGCUCGGCGCCUCCAGUCAGCAGCAACAGCCACAUGGCGGCAAGCAACAUGCACUCAAUGGGAUCUUCCAGGAGCAGCAACGGCAACGUUGCACCCGGCGGUUUCGCAAAUGGCAGCCGAUACGUGGCGCCACGCUGCACGUAG